AUCAGUGAAGCUCCUCCCACUGCAAUCACACCGUCAGUGAAGCUCCUCCCACUGCAAUCACACCGUCAGUGAUUUCACCAAGAAAUGCUGGACAAUUCCCAUCAGUUCACAAGUGCAGACGAGCAUCAGGAAGAGCUGAAAUCUGGGUUUAUUAAAGAGGACGGAGAGAAGAUGAGAGAUCCAGAGCCCUGCAGAAUCAAACACACUGAAGAACUAAAAGACCCUAAAGAAGAGAACGAGGAGAGUGAAGUGGAGGAGAAACAUCAUGUCAGACCUGAAGGGAGUCGCUCGAAAACUAAAAAUAUAUUUUUAAAGGAAAGAAGUGAUCAAGGCGGCAAAACAUUUCUCGUGUCAUCAGACCUGAAGAAACACCUGGCAGUUCAUACGAAGGAGAAGCCGCAUUCAUAUUCUUUAUGUGGAAAGGGUUUUUCACUACUGCGGAGUUUAAAAUCGCAUCCGAAAACACAUACUGGUGUAAAAGAUCAUGUGUGCUUUGAGUGUGGGAAGUCUUUUACUUGGGCAAAACAUUUAAAACUGCACCAGAGGAUCCACACUGGAGAGAAACCGUAUAAGUGUUCACACUGCGACAAGACGUUCAGUUGGUUAGCACAUCUGAAAUCACAUGAGCAGGUCCACAGCAGAGAGAAAACACACGCGUGUGAUCUGUGCGGGAACAGCUUUGCACGCAAAAAAUAUUUAAGGGUCCAUAUGAGGAUCCACAUGGGAGAAAAGCCAUACGCGUGUGAUCAAUGUGGAAAGAGUUUCACUCAAUCAUCACACCUUAAAGAACACAUGAGGAUCCACACCGGAGAGAAGCCACACGCAUGUGAUCAGUGCGGCAAAACAUUUCUUAGGGCAUCAGCUCUGAAGAAACACCUGACGGUUCAUACGAAGGAGAAGCCGCAUUCGUGUUCUGAAUGUGGAAAGAGUUUUUCACAGCUGAAAAAUUUAAGAUUACAUCAGAAAUUUCACAACACCGUGAGAGAUCAUGUGUGCUUUGGGUGUGACAAGACUUUUUCAUUGGUAAACCAUUUAAAACAGCACCAGAGGAUCCACACCGGAGAGAAACCUUACAAGUGUUCACACUGUGACCAGAGAUUCAGUCAGUCUGCAAAUCUGAAAACACAUGAGAAGAUCCACAGCGGAGAGAAGCCGCACACGUGUGAUCAGUGCGGGAAGAGCUUCUCAUUAAAAAGCUAUCUUGACGUUCACAUGAGAAUCCACACCGGAGAAAAGCCGUAUGCAUGUGAUCAAUGCGGCAAAACAUUUCUCGUGUCAUCAGCCCUGAAGAAACACCUGGCAGUUCAUACGGGGGAGAAGCCGCAUUCAUGUUCUGUGUGUGGAAAGAGUUUUCCACUGCUGAAAAGUUUAAAAUCGCAUCAGAAAACACAUACUGGUGUGAGAGCACAUGUGUGCUUUGAGUGUGGGAAGACUUUUACUUUAGAAAGCUAUUUAAAACUGCACCUGCGGAUUCACACUGGAGAGAAACCUUACAAGUGUUCACACUGCGACAAGACAUUCAGUCAGUUAUCAAAUCUGAAAACGCAUGAGAGGAUGCACGGCGGAGAGAAACCUCACACGUGUGAUCAGUGCAGGAAGAGUUUCGCUUUUAAAAGUCGUCUGAAGAUGCACAUGAAGAUCCAUGCAGUGGAGACACUGAGCAAUAAAGCCUCUUCAGUGUAAGUUAGUUUCCUAACAGCCACAACUGGUGACGGGACAUUUUGUUGGUUGCUUGGAAAUUAUCUCGUUAUUGAGAAAGUAUGUUAUUAUUAUAUAUAUUAGAAAGUGUCUCUUUCUCUUUAUAAUGACUUGCAUGUUGAUGUAUAGGUAACACGCUAUAAUAACUUUCAUUAAUAAAUCAUCAACAAACAUUACGUAAUGCUUAACGGAUGAUUGGUUCAUAUAUUCACUUAUCGAGAAACGUGAAAUAAU